CGCAAUGUAGGCUGUUGCCUAAGUACUGACUGAGACAAGGGGCUGCUUGGCACUUCGUAUAAAUAUCCGCGCUCAGCCGUAUUACUGCGCUCUUUAUGCCCUUCUUUAUUAUUAGAGCUACGCCCCGCCCCUCCUACCUGUUCAUCUCGCCAGGGUUCUCUGGGCGAGCGGAUUUGACAGGCGCAAUCAGCUGGCGGAUCUGCGCGAGCCUGGGCGGGAGCAGAGGAACAGUGACGGAAAACAACAUUUACCCGAGAGCUUAUCAUUGUUUGCUGAAUUUAGUGGAAACACCGUUAGAUUAGGUAUUUUGUGUUUUCGCAUCGUGGCAACCGUUUGGGGACUUGAAAUAUAUUCAGCCAUUCGAAAACCAUAUAGGCUAUCGAUUAUAUUGGCGUUUAGAAAAGUGACAUCGAUUGUCCGCCGUUAAUCGACGGAAUCACUGGACGGAAGACGGUUUGAGAGGCCAGACAGAAGGUGGUUGAAGAAAACAGCCUUGGUUUAAUGUCGCUGCGCCUAUCAUAAUCUGAAACAUUGGCAGCCUCGACGCCUGCUAGAUGAGACCAUCUUUACCAUGGCAUUUGUCCUGAAAGACAUGGAAAACCCCUAAAAAUAAAAAACGCUCAACGUUCAUCAUUACUGCGGAUUUAAAUGCCUCUCGCGAAUGGACAUCGACCGCUAUUUCGGUCCAGUUUGUGCUUGCGGCGUUCUCCACUGUAGCGGAAAUCUGAACUAGAUUGCAAUAAACAGUUUAGUGCGUGCGGGUGACAAUAAUAUAGGACGCGAAGGGGGGUAUUUUUGUUUCAAGCAAUAUGGCUGGUGAGUGGGGCUGGGGACGCUGGCACAGGCUCUCCAAGGCUCCUAGAUGCUAGCUGAGCCGGAUGCCACCGUUCUCCAUGGAAGCGGCAACUCUAUGAUGAGUAGAAAUAUCUAUCAUAAUAAAAAUCAGGACUCCUCGAUCUCUAUAUCCAAGAUGGACGUGAUCAUCCCCUUCUCGCCAGACGUGCCCUGCGACAAUAAUGGCCAACGCAUGUGGUGGGCAUUCCUUGCCUCCUCUAUGGUGACGUUUUUCGGGGGUCUCUUCAUCAUUCUCCUUUGGAGGACCCUUAAAUACCUGUGGACCGUGUGCUGCCACUGCAACACCAAAAAGAAGGAGGCCCAGAAGGUGAAUAAUCCUGCUAACAGUCAGGCAGCAGAUGGGACACCUAAGGGUCCUGAUGAGAAGGACGAAGUGGUACCUGCCAGCGAGGUGGGGUGGAUGACCUCUGUGAAGGACUGGGCCGGGGUCAUGAUAUCAGCACAGACACUCACCGGCAGAGUCCUGGUCGUGCUCGUCUUUGCUCUCAGCAUUGGAGCACUUGGAAUAUACUUUAUAGACUCUUCUGAUCCCAUAGAAUCCUGUCAGAAUUUCUACAAAGAUUUCACGUUACAGAUCGACAUGUUCUUCAAUGUCUUCUUCCUUCUCUACUUUGGGCUGCGAUUCAUAGCAGCCAAUGAUAAGCUGUGGUUCUGGCUGGAGGUCAACUCAGUGGUGGACUUCUUCACUGUUCCUCCUGUCUUCGUAUCGGUCUACUUGAAUAGGAGCUGGCUGGGCUUAAGAUUCCUGAGAGCCUUGAGAUUGAUACAGUUCUCAGAAAUUUUACAGUUUUUGAAUAUCUUAAAAACAAGCAAUUCCAUCAAGCUGGUGAACCUGUGUUCCAUCUUCAUAAGCACAUGGCUAACAGCUGCCGGAUUCAUACAUUUGGUGGAAAACUCAGGGGAUCCUUGGGAAAACUUCCAAAAUUCCCAGUCACUUUCCUAUUGGGAAUGUGUCUACUUGCUCAUGGUCACUAUGUCAACAGUGGGCUACGGGGAUGUCUAUGCAAAAACCACCCUGGGACGCCUGUUCAUGGUCUUCUUCAUCCUUGGGGGUUUGGCCAUGUUUGCCAGCUACGUCCCUGAAAUCAUAGAGUUAAUAGGAAACCGCAAGAAAUAUGGUGGUUCCUAUAGUGCGGUUAAUGGGAGAAAGCACAUUGUGGUCUGUGGUCAUAUAACGCUCGAAAGUGUCUCCAACUUCCUCAAAGACUUCCUACACAAGGACAGGGAUGAUGUCAAUGUAGAAAUUGUUUUUCUCCAUAAUAUUUCCCCUAAUCUUGAGCUGGAAGCCUUGUUCAAACGCCACUUUACCCAAGUGGAGUUCUACCAGGGAUCUGUUCUCAACCCUCACGAUCUGGCCCGAGUGAAGAUUGAGUCAGCAGACGCCUGUCUGAUUCUGGCUAAUAAAUACUGUCCAGAUCCCGAUGCUGAAGAUGCCUCUAACAUCAUGAGGGUCAUCUCUAUCAAGAACUAUUCCCCCAAGAUACGAAUUAUCACUCAAAUGUUACAAUACCAUAACAAGGCUCACCUGCUCAACAUUCCUAGCUGGAACUGGAAGGAGGGUGAUGAUGCGAUCUGUCUAGCAGAGCUGAAGGCUGGCUUCAUAGCUCAGAGCUGUCUGGCCCAGGGCCUCUCCACCAUGCUGGCCAAUCUCUUCUCCAUGAGGUCUUUCAUCGAGAUUGAAGAGGAUACGUGGCAGAAGUACUAUUUAGAAGGGGUAGCUAAUGAGAUGUACACAGAGUAUCUGUCCAGUGCCUUUGUGGGGCUCUCCUUCCCAGCAGUCUGUGAGCUGUGCUACGUGAAGCUGAAGCUGUUGCUUAUCGCCAUCGAGAACAAGUCGGAGCUGGGAGAGAGCAGAAGCCGAAAGCGCAUCCUCAUCAACCCGGGGAACCACGUAAAGAUGCAGGAAGGAACUCUGGGGUUCUUCAUCGCCAGCGACGCCAAAGAAGUAAAGAGAGCAUUUUUCUACUGCAAAGCUUGUCACGACGACAUCACAGACCCCAAACGGAUCAAAAAGUGCGGCUGCAAACGACGUGAGUACACCAAGAUGUCCGUCUACAAACAAAUGAAACUGGCAUGUUGUUUUGAUUGCGGCCGUUCAGAGCGAGACUGCUCUUGCAUGUCAGGCAGUGUACAUAGUAACAUGGACACCCUACAGAGGGCCUACCCACUCUCCUCUGUCUCUGUUCAUGAUUGCGCAACCACUUUACGUGCCUCCAAAUAUAAGUAUAAUGGAUAUGUCAGAUCACUUGAAGAUGAGCACCCGUCAACUCUGUCGCCCAAAAAAAAGCAGCGGAACGGAGGCAUGCGAAACUCACCCAACAACUCGCCCAAAAUGAUGAGGCAUGACCCUCUACUAAUCCCUGGGAACGAGCAGAUGGAGAACAUGGACAUGAAUGUGAAGCAGUAUGACUCCACAGGAAUGUUUCACUGGUGCCCAUCUAAAGAGAUUGAGAAGGUCAUCCUGACCCGGAGUGAGGCAUCCAUGACGGUGUUGAGCGGCCAUGUAGUGGUCUGUAUAUUUGGAGAUGUCACGUCCGCUCUAGUGGGGCUGCGAAACUUGGUGAUGCCUUUGAGAGCCAGCAACUUCCAUUAUCACGAGCUGAAGCCCAUAGUGUUUGUGGGCUCGCUGGAGUACCUGAGGAGAGAGUGGGAAACCCUACACAACUUCCCCAAGGUCUCCAUACUACCUGGUACGCCAUUAAGUCGUGCAGAUUUAAGGGCUGUCAACAUCAACCUCUGCGACAUGUGCGUGAUACUGUCGGCCAAUCAGAACAAUAUCGACGACGCCUCGCUGCAGGAUAAGGAAUGCAUUCUGGCGUCGCUCAACAUCAAGUCUAUGCAGUUUGACGACAGCAUCGGGCUCUUGCAGGCUAACUCCCAAGGUUUCACGCCUCCUGGAAUGGACCGGUCAUCUCCAGACAGCAGUCCAGUACAUGGUUUAGUACGCCAGGCCUCCGUCACCACCGGCGCCAACAUCCCCAUCAUCACUGAACUAGCUAAACCUGGCAAAAUACUGCCUUUGGUUUCAUUCAGUCAGGAAAAAAACUGUGGAAUCAACAUACAAAUGAUAACUGAGCUGGUGAACGACUCCAAUGUUCAGUUCCUGGACCAAGAUGAUGAUGAUGACCCGGACACAGAGCUGUACCUGACACAGCCCUUCGCCUGCGGAACCGCCUUCGCUGUCAGCGUGCUGGACUCUCUCAUGAGUGCAACAUACUUCAACGAUAAUAUCCUCACCCUAAUCCGGACGCUGGUGACUGGGGGAGCCACCCCGGAGCUAGAGGCUCUAUUGGCCGAAGAGAACGCCCUGCGAGGGGGCUACAGCACGCCACAGACACUGGCCAACCGAGACAGGUGUCGUGUAGCCCAGCUAGCCCUCUAUGACGGGCCCUUUGCCGACUUGGGGGAUGGUGGUUGCUAUGGAGAUUUGUUUUGUAAAGCGUUGAAGACGUACAACAUGUUGUGCUUCGGAAUCUACAGAUUGAGAGACGCUCACCUCGCCACGCCUAGCCAGUGUACCAAACGGUAUGUGAUCACCAACCCUCCGUAUGAGUUUGAGCUGGUCCCCACAGACCUGAUCUUCUGCCUGAUGCAGUUUGACCACAACGCAGGCCAGUCCCGGGCCAGCCUCUCCCACAGCUCUCACUCCUCCCAUUCCUCCAGCAAAAAGAGCUCGUCCGUCCACUCCAUCCCCACCACCAACCGGCAGAACCGCAGCAGCAAGGCCCGGGAGGCCGGCCACAAACAGAAUGCAACAAGGAUGAAUAGAAUGAGCCAAGAAAGGAAAUGGUUUACAGAUGAACCAGAAAAUGCCUACCCACGGAACAUUCAGAUCAAGCCCAUGAGCACUCACAUGGCCAACCAAAUCAACCAAUACAAAUCCACUAGCAGUCUGAUUCCACCAAUCAGAGAAGUUGAAGAUGAAUGCUGAAAACCAGGCCCCCUUGAUGACUCGUGAGAAGUCUGGACGCUCUUUCGAAAGGAGAGGAAGAGAGAUGACAAACGGGGAUGAUGAUGUUGAUUCAUUGGUCCCCACUCAUUCUACAGAUCAAGGGUUUGACAUAAACACCACAACUUGAAGGGACCUCCUAUGUGUAUACCUUUAAUGUUACUUCCAUGCUCUACAAUGGACAAUGUUUUAUUGAUCAAUCUUCCAUAGAGAUGUACAUAAUGACAAUCAAAUAAGGAUUGUUCAUCCCCCUAGCACUUUUUGAAAUUAUUUUAAGAGUUGAAAAAAGAGAAGAAAAAGUACUUCCUGUCAUUAUUUGCAAUAGUUCACAUCUUUGUGUGACCACACUCCAUGGCUACUGUAGCUGAGGUUACUACUUGUUGUUGGAGGAUGAGGGCCGCGGCAGUUUUCUCAUCACAAUAUCAUGACAUCUCCAAAAGUUCCACAAAACUGGCUGGGGUUCACUGCUCACCACUCAUACUCCCAAUCUGCUUCUGUUCUAUUUGCACAAAAACUAACCACCUUCUUUUGCAACAUGACGACUUGAAACAUUGACAUCACCCCAAAACAACUACCAUCACAGAAAAUGUCAGCUUUUUGGUUUUUGAUUCACUGAAUGAAAGAAAAGCUGCUUGUCAUUUGGAGAGAUGUACUGUGGUAUUGUGGAAAGAUCCAUUACGUCACUGCUUAGGGUAUGCUACUGUAUGUCAUCACACUGUUGAGUAAUCAAUUAAUGCAUUCCAGUCCUGUAGAAUGGGAUCAUAUUGAAAAUCAGGUGUCUUGAGACUCAGAGUACAGUAAGAGACAGUUCUGGGAUAAGCUGGCUGACAGAGUAUAUAGCUACGCUGUACCUACAUCUGUUCUGGUGAUAUCACAAUGAAUAUGGAUGAUAAUGAUGUCUAUGACAGCGUUUCAAGCUCCUAUCAUCGCAUGGUAUGUCCCUGAGCCCUUCUAUAACAAUAGAGCGCAGAUGAUCACCUUAAACUGAAAACAUAAAAGGGAUGAAAGAACAACCUUGUCCUAUCCCUUAUGUGCAAACAUGAAAGGGGUGAAUGGACAACCUUGUCUCGUCCCUGGCGAAAACAUGAAUGGGGUGAAAAGACAGCCUUCUCUUCUCCCUUGUGUGGACAGACGAUGCAUAUGGUAUGUACAUGCAAUGUGUGUACUGUACAUGACAGCGACGUGUCCCCUCAGUAAGAAAAUUGGUGGUACAUCUGAGUUAAAUGCACAAAUUGGUAUCAUCAUCAUCUCUCCAUCAGUGUGUCUGUGAUGGUGGUUCAGCCUCUGGGGGAGCAUCAUGUGGGAUCAAGGCUACAAUCAUCCAAGACAAAUAGGAACUAGAUCUGUCUGGGGUUGCGGAUCAACUAAUGAACUAAAUAAACACGUUUCUAUACUUAGUCACAUCACCGGUAAUACACCAACUAUGAUUGAGCUGAAUUUUUUUUUUUACAAACAUUAGCUGUGUGCCCUAAAACUUUAGGGAAAGCUUUUAAGUCCAAACCUUUGCCAUGAUAUCUUUGGCGAAAAUUGGUAUUUAAGAAUGAAAAAAAUAAGCAUAUAAUUUGAAUGUUUUUUGUUUGUUGAGACAUUUGGAGAAGCAAUGCCACAUAUUGCGUAAAAUGGGCAUCAAUGGGUCCUCCUUUGACCAGAGCCACUGCCUGGCACAGGGUUGGUAACGGAGGCAGUAAAGAGCUUGGAUGUUCUCCGCUGCCAAUCCUGAUGUCAUCAUAACACCUCUAAACUCUAUGUAGGUAAACGUUAGGGAACAGCUCAAUCAUAGUUUGGUUUAAAACGAUGCCGCUGAUGACUAUGAAGAAUGCUGGAGAAUACUGCCUGUGUUCUUCAUGUUAUCCUGGUCAAGGCUCAAGUGUGUGUUCAAAAUGGACCGAUUGUUUUUGAUCCAAAAGCAACCCAUACAGAGCUGCAGCCUUGGAAAUGAGAGGGUAUGGAGUCACAGAUGAUCCAACUAAAAACUAAACCUGGCUACUUUAUAUAAACAAACAUGAUUAUUUUAUAUCCAUAUGAGCAUAAUACAUUUCUGCUUAUUAUUACACAUGACCUAGUGAAUAAUGCUUUAUGAAAGUAAUCCAUUAUUAAUAUUACCAGGCCUAUAAUUGCAUAUAAGAUUUUUAUUCCCAAAUUAAUUGCUUUAUUAAACAUAAUCCUACCAAAAUGAUUAAUAUAAAUUCUGAAAUACUUAUAAUUAGACAUGCAUCAUUGAAGAACAGUAGUCCUCUCCUCUUUGCAACAAAGACCAUCCCUGAAAGUAUAUUCAUUAUUAAUAGUAAAUAUUGUAUAGGAUAUUACCUAAAUUUAACUCUAAGCUUUUGUCUUAACUGUUGAGUGCUCCUUAAAACGUAGAUGGGCUUAGUUGAAGGAUCUCUGUAGCUGUAUUGGUAAACCUUAUCGCUGUGUAGAAGACUGCUCAUUUUCAUCGACAAGUGAAUACGAAUACAGAUGUGUGAGUCAAACAGAAAUGGGAUAAAACAAUCGCAAACAUACUUGAGUUUCAAUGGGUGUAAGUAAUACCCAGACAGAGCCAAUCGGAAAGGUGCAUGAAGCUGGAUCUGAGGCGUUUAGCCCUUUGUUCUCUUCUGAGGGGGAAACUGUGUGACCUUCACUAUCAAUGAUUGACCUAAAUUAGGUCUCUUUCUAAGGAGAGAUACACUGAAGUAUUUAUGUGCGUGUAUACUGUAUACUGUCAUUCUCCAUGGACAUGUUUCAAACUAUGUGACAGAGAGAGAUUGUUAGACCAUCAUCAGGUUGUUUGCAGUGGACAGAUAGCCAUGAUAAUAUAGACAAAAUAUCAUGUAUUUCUAAAGACCUGUCAUUCGCGAGAACCCCUCCCCAAAUAUGUCUGUCUAAAUAUGUUGUGUAAAUUCCUCCCAUUAUAUAGAUCACAUGACUUUCUGAAGCAAAAUGACCUGAGCUUUCUGUCUGUCUAUUGGGUGUGUUGCAACUCUACUGUGGGGCUCAUUGACAUUGUCCUGGGGUGAACUUUUGAAUUGUGAUUACAUUGUCGUCACACUUUGUAGCAAGUAGAAUUAUUUUCAGAAAAUAUGUGAGUAAAAAUCAAUGUAUAAUUGGGUUGUUAAUAAUAUACUUGCUAGCCUGAAAAAUAAGGAAUUGAUAUUUGAUACUGACAAUGACUUAAUUCAUUAUACAUAGUAUUGACAAAGGACACAAUUAUUAUUUUGCCAUAUAUGGAAAAAAAGAAAAACUAGACUUUUGAAAUUAAAGAUCCUUAUCCACAUUGCAACAAUAAAAUGGAAAGAGUAGGUGUAAUUUGACCUGGUAAUAUCAACCAUCACAGAGAUGCAGACAUAGGGUAGCACCAAUUCAGCAAGGCUUAUCACAAUAAAGAGAGGACAUACUUAAUUUUACUGUUCUUGUUAAAAUAGUUUUUUCUUAUUAGGUUUACAUUCCAUUUUGUCAGCUCUAGUCAAUUAUGUUACCAUAGUAAUAUCCAUGGAUUGUUUGAAACUGUCACUACUGCUUAUUGAUUGUUUACAGAGUUUUCUUUUUUUGUAUUCAGAAGUACUUAAAUACCACUUUACUCAGAAAUCAAAUGGUACAAAUCACAACCCAAAGCAGACACAUACUUACAGAAUAGUCCAUUUCAUUGUAUCUAAAUGUUUUAUUUUUUUUUCAAUACGUGUACCCACAAUUUGUGUGAAUGGUUGGACUCAAACUGGGGAAAAAUCACAACACUGGACUGAAACCUGUUCUGAAACCUGUUCUUACAUUCUAAGGUUUUUAAGCUUUAUCUCUUUCCAGCGCAAAUACUCCACAAAUCUAAGGUACUGCUCUAUACCAUAUCAUACGUUUGUAUUAGAUGUUGAAGUCUUUGCAAUGUACGCCUCUAAAGUUUUAGAGUGUUUUGAAGUGCCAUGAAAAGUGUUGUUGAACAAGCAUCGUUCAGUCAUUCACAGACUCACUCACUUAUUCAGAAUGAGUAAGGGUUGAGUUAGUUCCUCUCAGAAAGGGAAGUAAAUGUAUACGAGUAUGGCAUCUUCUACUGGCACGGGGAACAUCCAAGCCAUCAAUGCCUCUAUGCCAGUAGAGUGCCAGGCAGUGCUGCAGGUCUAAAGGAGGGCCUGUUUGAAGACCCACUAUAGCAAAAAGUGGCAUUGAAAAGGAGGGAAGGGUACAUGGGGCAGGUACACUGCUCAUCAACCUUCAACAUAUCAUACAUCUGUGUUGGUCGUACUGUCUGUAGCCUAAGGUACCUAUCUUGUUGUUAGGAGACUGCAGGGAGAGAUGUUAAAACAUGUUUGUUGUGUGGUAGAAGGUAUGAAUGACUGAAGGAUGCACAGAGAGCACAGGCCAGGCUGUUUCAUGUGCUUGAGACCACCUGUCAGUGUUUUAGUCAACUUAAGAGUCAGAACUAUGAAACUUCACACAUUGUUUCAUAUUUUUGUUAAUCUAUUUUCUUGCUGUAAAGGAUGGAUAUAACUUAUUUGCUGGAAAAUGUACUAGAUGUAAUAAAAUAUAUAAUACUAUGGGGGAUUUAAGUCUUAACAACACAUUGAAAUUGCAGUUGGCAAUUUUUAAGUUGAUUUUGAUGGAGAAAAAAAAUGUUUUUGUGGGGGGGGGGGGGGUCAGCUGCCCAUCAUUUCAGGUGGAAUUCAGGACAUUGCUCUCACAUGUCACAUAUCUGAUUCUUUGGCACAUGGUCAUUGCAGGAAUCAGGAGUUUGAAAAAGCCUACUUAGUUUUGUCGAAGCGAAAAUAGAUAUAUGGAGAAUUUGAUGGUGCUGAGUUGAUCUACCUGACUCUGUCAAAUAUAAUCUGCUGAUAAAUAUACUGUCUUGUACAAAAAGUUUGUACAUAAAUUGUACAUGAUUUCUUUUUGUAUUUUCUCAAAUUAAAAUGGAUGUAUUUGUGUUCUAAAACUGGAA